AUGAUUGGCAGGGAUGACGAGGGCGAUUAUUCACUUGAAAUCAAUUCCGUGUCCCUCGAAGACGACGCUACAUUCCAGUGUCAGGUGAGCGGUGCCGGAGAUUCUGUGCCCGGAAUUAGAUCCAGAAGUGCUGUCAUAACAGUUCUGGUGGCGCCCGACCCGCCCAUCAUUGUCCAGACGAGAGCACAGGGAGAUCUGUUGCGCACGACUGCCGGCACUGUCAUUGAAUUAAAUUGUGAAUCAAAUGGUGGGAAACCGGCGCCAGAGUUGCAAUGGCAUUAUUCCGAUGGACAGUCGGUUUCGAGUAAAAACAUCACAUAUUCGUCGCAAUCCCUGAGCGACGGGAAACGGUUUAACGCGGAGUCGAAGUGGAUAUUCAUUGCGGGCAAAGAGUACGACAAUCGGACAGUCGUUUGUCGGACACAGAACUCGGCACUAAAGGAACCGCUGAAGACAACCAUACGUUUGGACGUGAAAUACGCGCCCGAAAUACAGCUAAAAGUGACGGAACCGGGAGGUCAGGCAAGAAUCGGCGAUAACAUUGCGCUGAGUUGUGAGGCGAAUGCAAAUCCUAAUGAAUUGCUGUAUAAAUGGUUUAAAAACGAUGAGAUAAUAAUUGGCGACUACAGCACCCAACUGUUGCUCAGUGCGGUGGACAGGUAUAUGAAUGGAGCCGUUAUAUCGUGUCAAGUGAGCAAUAGUGUGGGCACUAAUAAGGCCACACAUACGCUGAAUGUAUCUUUUGGACCAAUACUGAAACCCCACAACGAAACGGUGUAUGGCGUGGAUGUGAACCGGGAUGUG